AUGGGAUCCCUUGCAAAGCCCGUCAUCAUCAGUGGCGCCGGAGUCGUUGGAUUGACCCUUGCCCACGGUCUCAAAAAGGCCAAUAUACCCUUUGAAGUAUACGAGCGUGACGACCACAUCGACGCUCGUAGCCAAGGCUGGGGCAUUACAAUCCACUGGGCUUUGCCGUUCCUUGUUGAGCUCCUCGACCACGCCACUGUUGACGCGGUAGAAAAUGUCCAAGUCGACCCAGAGGUAGGCCGCAACGACAGGGGCAACUUUCUCUUCCUCAACCUUGAGACGCUGCAUCCGAAAUUCCGCAUUCCACCCAACAGGCGGCGCCGAGUCAACCGCGACAAGUUGCGCAAGGCCCUCCUUCAGGGUGUCGCGGACCAUGUAAGAUGGGGGAAGCGCUUAAACAACAUUGAGCUUACAGAAGGUGAGAACCGGGGUGUCCGGGCUCACUUUGCAGACGGCUCUUCAGUAGAGGGCAGCAUGGUCAUCGGCGCCGAGGGGACCAACUCUCGGACAAGAAAGUUCCUCGUGCCAGACAACUACAGAAACCACCAGCUUCCGGUGCGUUUCAUCGGCGCCGCGGUAGACAUGACGCCAGAGCAGGUCCGGCCCUUGCGUGACAUUGACCCUUUACUCUUCCAGGGCUGCCAUCCCGUCACCGGACACUACCUCUGGGUGUCGAUAAUGGAGUCUCCCGAAGCAAACGGCACAAAGGGGACAGACGAGGAACGGUACAGAGUUCAAAUCGUCACAUCAUGGAUGGUGAAGAGCGAAAAGGAUGAGGUCCCACCCAGCGAUGCCGAGCGCAUUGCCGAAAUGAAGAGACGCGCUACUGACUUCCACCCGCUGCUCCGUCAAGCAGUCCAAAGUAUCCCCGAAUCGGCACAAGCAUUGGAAAUCGCCCUCCAGGACUGGCCAUGCUUCGAUUGGGACAACCGCGAUGGCCGGGUGACCCUCGUUGGUGACGCGGCACACGCCAUGACCAUGUAUCGCGGCGAGGCGGCCAAUCACGGGAUGCUGGACGCUUAUAACCUUGUUCAGUGUCUCAAAAAGAUUGUCUCUAACGAGACAUCACGCAAGGCUGCCAUCGACCACUACGAAGAAGAGAUGAGAGCUCGCACGGGCGGUGAAGAGGGCGCCGUCAUGUUGAGCCGACAGGCCUGUCUGGACGCCCAUGACUUUCACGGUUUGAGUGAGAAGUCGGCAGUGUUGCGGCGACGGGCUAUCCAGACUGAGUGA